AUGUCGGCCAAAGCACUAACGCCACCUCAGACGUACUCACGGCUGUUCCGUCCAUGGGACGGUAAGGAGGCAAAGUUGGAAGUGCCUUCGGGAACGCGCAGCGAGCCAAGCCCAAGCCGUGUUAGUGAUGAAGAGUCGGACUGUUACAGUGACAGUGAAAGUGAACAGACGAUUAAAUCGGAACCAAUGGACUACAAUCACAGUCCCGUGAAAUUAAGUGCUAAUCUCGGAACAAAAGUUGCAAUCCCGUCGGAUCCCUCCAUGAUGCAUUAUCCUUCAGCGGAUGUGGCCGCGUACUACCACUACUGUUAUCAGCAGCAGCAGCUCCAGCUUGCCGAACAUCCACUCCCGACGCAAAUACACGCGGAGGCACCGCGAGUUUCGGGGCCAAUGGGAGCUUUUGGAGCCGCCGGUUUACCGCCAAUGAUCGAUCCACUCGGAUUUACGUACGACCAAAUGGAGCAAGAGUAUAUGCGUGUUCUGAGUGAGGACGCUAAGGCAAAACUGCUGGCCAGUCGCAAACAGCGGCCAAAGAAGUUUAAGUGUCCGCACUGUGAUGUAGCAUUUUCCAACAAUGGCCAGCUCAAGGGACAUAUUCGAAUUCAUACUGGAGAGCGACCGUUCAAGUGUGAUGAGCCCAGUUGCAGUAAAACUUUCACCCGGAAUGAGGAGCUAACGCGCCAUAAACGUAUUCAUACCGGUAUCCGACCCUACGGAUGUCAGACAUGUGGGAAAAAGUUUGGCCGCCGGGAUCAUCUGAAGAAGCAUAGUAAAACUCACUUGCCUCAGGAACGGUACACGUACGGGCUAAUGCCUGCGUCGGCUGCCGCGGCCGCUGCUGCGGCUAUGCUAAUGCCAAUGUACGCGACACAUGUCUUUGGGUACUAGA